AUGAGCUUUGCCCCCCGCCACGCCGGCCACGCGGAGAUGGACAUGGACAUGGGCUCGUCCAACUCGACCCAGCAAGGCGGUUCCUCCAUGAUGGCCAUGGUCUUCCAGACGCAGACGGCGACGCCGUUGUACGCCGACGCCUGGACGCCGCGCAACUCGGGCGCCUACGCCGGCACCUGCAUCUUCCUCAUCGUGCUGUCUGUCGUCGCGCGGCUGCUCGUCGCUCUGCGCGCCACGCAGGAGGCGCGCUGGCUCGACCACGACGCCCAACGCCGGUACGUCACCGCCCGUGGACGCGUGCCGCUCGCCGAGGCCGUCGCGCACGACCCCGAAGCCAAGACCAUGGUGCUCUCGGCCAAUGGCGCCGAGGAGACGGUUGUUGUUGUGGCGCGCAAGGACGCUGCCGCGCGACCCUGGCGCUUCACCGUCGACCCGGUGCGCGCUGUUCUCGACACGACGAUUGUGGGUGUGGGCUAUCUCUUGAUGUUGGCGGUCAUGACGAUGAAUGUGGGCUACUUCAUGUCGGUCCUCGCUGGUGUGUUUUUGGGUAGUCUGGCGGUCGGUCGCUUCGGCGGCAUGAUGGAUCACUGA